AUAUAACAUAAAUUUAUGAAGUCUUUUUUUUUUUUUUUUUUUCUUUUUCUUUUAGUGGCUAAGAAAAAAUCUUUGUUUGAUGAUCAGCCAGUUGAAGUUCAAGAACUGAUAUAUAUUAUCAAGCAAGACAUAACAAGUUUGAAUAAGCAAAUUUCACAGCUUCAAGAACUUUCUAAAGCCAGAAAUAAUAAUCAUGGCAGGCAUAUGCAGUCACACUCAAAUUCUGUUGUAGUAUCAUUGCAAUCAAAAUUGGCAUCGAUGUCUAAUGACUUCCGACAUGUUUUGGAAGUAAGGACACAAAACCUGAAGCAUCAAAAACAGAGGAGAGAACAGUUUACUGAUGGUCCAGUAUCAGCUACACUUCCUGCUUCUGCACUGUCUGGUCAUACAGGAAGCAUUUUAUUAUCUGAUGAUUAUAAUUAUGGAGAGAAAGAAAUUGCUGUUAACAUGGAUGGCAUUAAUCAACAGCAGAUGCAACUUAUUGAUGAACAAGAUUCGUAUAUUCAAACACGGUCUGAUGCUAUGCAAAACAUAGAGGCCACAAUAGUGGAAUUAGGUACUAUAUUUAAAGAAUUAGCACACAUGGUUAAAGAACAAGAAGAGUUAGUUCAAAGGAUUGAUUCAAAUGUUGAAGAUGCCCAGCUGAACGUAGAAGCAGCGCAUUCUGAAAUUCUUAAAUUUUUUCAGUCUGUUACAUCUAAUCGAUGGCUUAUGCUAAAAGUCUUUGGAGUUUUAAUUAUAUUUUUUAUUAUAUUUGUGGUUUUUGUUGCUUAAAAUUUUAAAUGUAAUGCAAAUAGGUGGGUUUUAAAAUCAAAACUAGUGAAAAUCAUUUCAAAAUGGGACUAAUUUAAUGCCUUUUAAAAGCAGUUUGCUGUAUUCAACCUGAGAGAUGUUCAGAAACAGUGAUAUAAGCAUGAUGUGCCAUCUUAAAAAAAGUAUGUAAAAAUUGUACAUACUUGGAAAUUAUCUUUUGUCUCUAAAUGAAGGAAACUGUGUAUAAAGUUAUUAUAUUUAUAAAUUGUUUUUUACAUUUUUUGCAUAUCUUUAGUUUUCAAUAUUCAAUCACCUUUCUAUCAUUUGUAAAAUUAAUUAACUAAAUAGUUAAGUAUUUUAGAGAUAUUUCAUUAUUAACAGAUGUUAUUGCUAUAUGGAAGUGUGGCUGAAUAUCAACAUUGUAUGCAAUUAACACUGGUAAUAUUUCUGCAUAUCAUAUAUGCUGAAACUUCAUUAUGUAUCUUCAGAUGUGUAUAUGUAUAUAUAAGAUUAAAUUUUAUAAAAAUAUUGCUGUUAAA